CCGCAAGCCGCGGACUCAGUUGCAAGACCGCGCGGCUUUCAAGUGCUCGUUAAUUUUUUUUUAUUUUUUCUCUCCCCCCCUCAAAAUGAAGUAUUUGGUCGUGGUGGCUGUAUUCGCUCUCGCCUUCGCCGCUGAGGAAAAAGAAGACAUCCCAAAAACAUACAAGAGGCUUAUCCCCGCUGAUGUGUUGAGAGAUUUCCCCGGAACCUGCUUCGCAUCCACCCGCUGCGCGACCGUUGAGCCCGGCAAUACCUGGGAGCUGUCCCCCUUCUGCGGCCGCAGCACUUGCGUCCUGAGUGAGGACCAGCCCCCCAGGCUGUUGGAACUGGUUGAGGACUGCGGACCCCUGCCGCUCGCCAACCCUAAAUGCAAGCUCGACACUGACAAGACCAACAAAACCGCGCCUUUCCCUGGUUGCUGUCCCAUCUUUACCUGUGAGGAGGGAGCCAAACUAGAGUACCCCGAGCUCCCAACCCCCCCACCAGAAGGCGAGAAAGCCGAGGAGAAGCCUAAAAAAGCCUAAAAACUAGGCAACCCCUAGUGGUCAAAAAAUUGGUCUCAAAAUCAAUACCAAAUUCAAAAAACAGUUUGAACUCUAGUUAACGAGCAAAGUUGACUGCAAAAAUAUAUUAUUUUUAUUUUUGUGAUUUUUUAGAAUAUCGGCUUUUUUACUUGAAUACCUGCCUAAUUAUAAUGUUUGUGAUAUACAUAAAUAGAAAAGUUAUUCAAUAAAAAAUACAAAAUUUCUAAA